AUGAAACCAAGCUCGAUGUGCAACAAUAAUGUAUAUAGACAUCAGCUAGAUACCGAAGAAGGUGUCCUCCAAACUUGUAGGUCUUCCUUACAAACUUGUAGAUCUUCCGUGUCUUACAUAACCGCACCAACUUGGCGCAUCGCUGCGAAACGGCACCGGUCUUCCGUCAUGCCACCGAAUAUACGGUUGAAAGGGCCCCUCAUGAGUAGCAGCAGGGUGUCCAUACAUACAGAGUACCAUAUACGGAACAAGAAACGAGUGAAAAAAUUAACGGUAUCCAUAAAACUUGACCCGGAAAAAUUGCGACAAGCUUUGGACAUGAACAUUAGUGAUAGCGACAGCGAUCUAUGGUCGCUAGAUCAAGAGUUGAACAAGAACCUACUGGAACUGACCCAGGCGCUGUCACAGGGUCCGAAAAUCGCCGAGAAAAACGAUCAACAGCACACUGAAAAUCUCCCCAAAAACGAGUCUCUUGACUUGUAUCGAACUAUACCCCCAAACCUAAGAACCACGAUUGACCGAGAGCUAGGAGAGGAUUUAGGAAUGAUAGAAAAGAUGAUCUUCACCCUCAAAGACCCCAUAACAGCCACGAGAAUUAGACUUCCUGUUCGUUCUACUUCUUGUGCACAUUUUGAGUGCUUUGAUUUCGAUAAUUUUUGCGAGUUUACCAAGAUUCCCGCCGGCGUAAAGGCAUUUAUACGCAAGGAUUUGGUCAAACGCGGGCUUGAGUUGAAAAGAUAUGAGAAAUUGAUCCAAAAAGACGCUGGUCGUCGCAAAGUUCCUCCUCCCCCACAAUGGCUCCAGCCCAUUCACCAUGCAUAUUUGCCCAACAUUCCCACAUACAAAUGCCCAGUAUGCGAUACCGCGUUCCCGCUACACCAAUUGUACAUUAGUGACGUCUUCAACUUUUUCGUGAAGUUCACACCAAGUUACGUCCAUCGCAUAGAAAUCACCGAUCGAAUAAAAUACCGAAUAAUCGAAGACGAAAAAGAACCGUCUACUUCUGCUGCCUGCGAAGAUAUAGUGGUUUUAUCUGACGACGACGACGAAGCUGAAGUUAAAACCGAACCCAUAACCUCCAAUUCCACUCACAGCAACCACAGCAACCACAGCACCAGCCUGCCGUUCAGCGACGAUGUCUUUGAUGAUGGACUCGAUGAACAGUUGGCGCUAUUACCCCAGGAACAAGGCUCUGGUACCUGGAACGACCCCGUCACCGUGGACUGA